AUGUUCUCACAGAGACACAAGAAGAAUCAAGAAGCGGUGCAGCAGCUUUUGGGCCGUCUUCGGGACAACCGAGGGCAGCAGCAUUUCCUACAGGACUGUCACGAGCUAAAGCUCUGGAUUGACGAGAAGAUGCUGACAGCCCAGGACGUGUCCUAUGAUGAGGCCCGCAACCUGCACACCAAGUGGCAGAAGCACCAGGCGUUCAUGGCCGAGCUGGCCGCCAACAAAGACUGGUUGGACAAAGUAGAUAAGGAAGGGUGGGAACUGACCCUCGAGAAGCCAGAGCUGAAAGCUUUGGUGUCCGAGAAGCUGGAGGACCUGCACAAGCGCUGGGACAGGCUGGAGAGCACCACCCAGGCCAAGGCCCGCAGCCUCUUCGAUGCCAACCGAGCCGAGCUGUUUGCCCAGAGCUGCUCUGCCCUGGAGAGCUGGCUGGAGAGCCUGCAGGCCCAGCUGCACUCUGACGACUAUGGCAAGGACCUCACCAGCGUCAACAUUCUGCUCAAGAAGCAACAGAUGCUGGAACGGGAGAUGGCUGUGCGAGAGAAGGAGGUGGAGGCCAUCCAGGCCCAGGCGACAGCGCUGGCCCAGGAGGACCAAGGUGCGGGGGAGGUGGAGCGGACCUCGAGGGCCGUGGAGGAGAAGUUCCGGGCCCUGUCCCGGCCCAUGGCGGAGCGCUGCCGGCGCCUGCAAGCCUCUCGAGAGCAGCACCAGUUCCACCGGGACGUGGAGGAUGAGAUCCUGUGGGUGACAGAGCGGCUGCCCGUGGCUAGCUCCAUGGAGCACGGCAAGGACCUGCCCAGUGUCCAGCUUCUCAUGAAGAAAAACCAGACCCUGCAGAAGGAGAUACAGGGCCAUGAGCCGCGGAUCGCGGACCUCACGGAGCGGCAGCGUGCUCUGGGCGCGGCGGCGGCAGGCCCCGAGCUGGCUGAGUUGCAGGAAAUGUGGAAACGCCUGAGCUGCGAGCUGGAGCUUCGAGGAAAGCGACUGGAGGAGGCCCUGCGGGCCCAGCAGUUCUACCGCGAUGCCGCCGAGGCGGAGGCCUGGAUGGGUGAGCAGGAGCUACACAUGAUGGGCCAGGAGAAAGCCAAGGACGAGCUCAGCGCCCAGGCGGAGGUGAAGAAGCAUCAGGGGCUGGAGCAAGCCCUGGCCGACUACGCUCAGACCAUCCACCAGCUGGCAGCCAGCAGCCAAGACAUGAUUGACCACAACCACCCAGAGAGCACGCGGCUAUCGAUCCGCCAAGCCCAGGUGGACAAGCUGUAUGCCGGCCUCAAGGAGCUGGCCGGAGAGCGGCGGGAGCGCCUGCAGGAGCACCUGCGCCUUUGCCAGCUCCGCCGCGAGCUGGACGACCUGGAGCAGUGGAUCCAGGAGCGCGAGGUGGUGGCAGCCUCCCACGAGCUGGGCCAGGACUAUGAGCACGUGACUAUGCUCCGCGACAAAUUCCGAGAAUUUUCCCGGGACACGAGUACCAUCGGUCAGGAGCGCGUGGACAGCGCCAACGCACUGGCCAACGGGCUCAUCGCCGGGGGCCACGCCGCCCGGGCCACCGUGGCCGAGUGGAAAGACAGUCUCAACGAGGCCUGGGCUGACCUGCUCGAGCUGCUGGACACGCGGGGUCAGGUGCUGGCCGCGGCCCACGAGCUGCAGCGCUUCCUGCACGGGGCCCGCCAGGCCCUGGCGCGGGCGCAGCACAAGCAGCAGCAGCUUCCCGAUGGGACCGGCCGCGACCUCAACGCGGCCGAGGCCCUGCAGCGCCGGCACUGCGCCUUCGAGCACGACAUCCAGGCCCUCAGCGCCCAGGUCCAGCAGGUGCAGGAUGAUGGCCACCGGCUCCAGAAGGCCUAUGCCGGAGACAAAGCCGAGGAGAUCGGCCGUCACAUGCAGGCUGUGGCCGAGGCCUGGACCCAGCUUCAGGGAAGCUCUGCUGCCCGCCGUCAGCUGCUGCUGGACACCACGGAUAAGUUCCGCUUCUUCAAGGCUGUCCGGGAGCUGAUGCUGUGGAUGGAUGGGGUGAACCUGCAGAUGGACGCCCAGGAGCGGCCCCGGGAUGUGUCCUCUGCAGACCUGGUCAUCAAGAACCAUCAGGGCAUCAAGGCAGAGAUAGAUGCCAGGGCCGACCGCUUCUCCUCAUGCAUCGACAUGGGCCAGGGACUGCUUGCCAGGAGCCACUAUGCAGCUGAGGAGAUCUCGGAGAAGCUGUCUCAGCUGCAGGCACGGCGCCAGGAGACAGCAGACAAGUGGCAGGAGAAGAUGGACUGGCUCCAGCUUGUUUUGGAAGUGCUCGUAUUUGGGAGAGACGCGGGUAUGGCGGAGGCCUGGCUGUGCAGCCAAGAGCCGUUGGUGCGAAGUGCUGAGCUGGGUUGCACAGUCGACGAAGUUGAGAGCCUCAUCAAGCGGCACGAGGCCUUCCAGAAGUCAGCGGUGGCCUGGGAGGAGCGUUUCAGCGCGCUGGAGAAGCUCACCGCGCUGGAGGAGCAGGAGAAGGAGCGGAAAAGAAAGAGGGAGGAGGAGGAACGGAGGAGACAGCCCCCUGCUCCAGAGCCCACAGCCAGUCAGCCUGAAGGGGACCUGGUGGACAGCCAGACGGCUCCUGAUGCUGCCUGGGACAGAACCCACCCCCGGCUACCGGCAUCCACACAGCAGGCCAGCGUUAACGGAGUCUGCGCAGAUGCAGAGUCCCCACAGCCCCUGUUGGAACAACAGAGACUUGAGCACGGCAGCUUCGCAGAAGGACCUGGGUCCGGCACCGGGGAUGAGGCCAAUGGGCCCCGGGGAGAGAAGCAGGCCCGGACGCGGGGCCCAGCCCCUCCUAUGAUGCCCCAGAGCAGGUCAUCCGAGUCAGCCCGGGUUGCCACUCUGCCCCCUCGAGGCCCCGAGCUCUGUGCCCAGGAACAGAUGGAGGGGAUGCUGUGUCGCAAACAGGAGAUGGAAGCCUUCGGCAAGAAGGCUGCCAACAGGUCGUGGCAAAACGUGUACUGCGUCCUGCGGCGUGGGAGUCUCGGCUUUUAUAAGGACGCCAAGGCAGCCAGCACGGGAGUGCCAUACCACGGAGAAGUGCCUGUCAGCCUGGCCAGGGCCCAGGGCAGCGUCGCCUUUGAUUAUCGAAAACGCAAACACGUCUUCAAGCUGGGCUUACAGGAUGGAAAAGAGUAUUUAUUCCAGGCCAAGGAUGAGGCAGAGAUGAGCUCCUGGCUGCGGGUGGUGAGUGCCGCAAUUACCACGGCGUCCUCCGCCUCCGGGGAGCCUGAAGAGCCGGCGGUGCCCAGUGCUGCCCGCGGCAUGACCCGGGCCAUGACCAUGCCCCCGGUGUCACCGGCUGGGGCCGAGGGGCCUGUCGUACUUCGCAGCAAGGAUGGCCGAGAACGAGAGAGAGAAAAACGCUUCAGCUUCUUCAAGAAGAGCAAGUAGUGGGCGGGGAGGGGGGCCCAAGGCUCCCGGGCCAGCUUCUUCCCUCAAUUCAGGAAACUGCCAGGGACCGUCAACAGGGACCACCCUCUUGUCAGGACAACUGCCUGCUGCUAGGGUCUGUUGCCAAGGUCAGCCCAUCACCAGGAACUGUCUCGGAGGACAAGUCAGUGUUCCCAAGGGCAACGCUCCUCUUCUGCUGUUUAAUUCCAGACUGGUGGUGGGACCCAGGCGACCCCCAAUUCCACUCCCACCUCCUGACGUCCUCCAUCUCCCCCCGGUCCUACACCCCAACCCCGACCCGGGUGCGGGCAGUGCUGCACCCUCCACAGAGGCCAUGUGGGCACGGCUGCCCCUGCCUCAGGUCAUUCUCCCACCGCAGCAAGGGCAUGCCCCUCAGUUCCUUGCCCCUGGGAACCAGCCAGGAACCUCUCAGAGCUGAAGCAGGACCUGGGGGCAAGAUUGCCAGAUGACCGAGUCAGAGACGCCGAAGCUCCCCCUUCCCAUCCUAAGUUACCCUCUGAUUCAAGCCACUCCAUCUCCAGCGACACUCAGUGGCUUCCAGGUGUGAGUGGUUCGGGGGCAGCCACAGCCUUGAGUCUGGCCAAGGAGGUGAUUAAACAGCUCAGCUUCUC